GUCAUGCCGCAGCCCGAAGCAGGUGCUUAAACCCGGAAGUGAGAUGCUACUCGAUUAAGAUGUUUUCUUCUUCGUGCUGGUAGUGUUUUAAUAAUGAUUGAUAGAUACUUUAAAUUAAACCGAAAACAGUGCGGUAAAGACAAUAUGUGAUAGCUGAAUGUGCAGUUACUUCUAAAAACAAGUAAACUGUUUUUAAAAGGAAACAAAAUGGACUACAGGGGCGAGUCCUACACGGACAAUCUGAUUGGGACUUUACUUGCAAUUUUUGGAAAUGUAAUCAUCAGCAUCGCAUUAAGCAUCCAGAAGUACAGCCAUGUGACAUUAGCAGGAUCGAAUGAGCGUGCCUUUUACCAGACCAAAACCUGGUGGUGUGGUUUUGUGUUCAUCUGUGUCGGGGAGGGAGCCAACUUUGUGUCUUAUGCGUUCGCCCCCCUUGCUGUUGUGGCGCCUCUUAACGCUGUGUCUUUCCUGACAAGCUCAAUUCUGGGCUUCUUAUUCCUGCGUGAGAAAUAUAAAGCGAAGGAGUUUGCGACGCAGCAUGGCCUCAGCUUCCUGGGUUACAUCUUCACCAUAGGAGGAACUUAUCUCUUUGUUUCAUUUGGACCAAACCCCCAUGAAAAACUCCUGGCAACGAGCAUCGUGAAACACAUCAUAGGMUGGCCUGUUCUCUUGUAUUUGUUCCUGGAGAUCAUCACAUUCUGUCUGCUGUUAUACUUCUACAAGCAGCACAACGCUAAGCACCUCAUUAUUAUCCUGCUGCUGGUGGCAUUGCUGGGCUCCGUCGCGGCCAUUACAGUGAAGGCAGUCUCAGGCAUGUUMGUGCUCACCCUGGAGGGCUCCAUGCAGCUCGACAACCCCAUCUUCACCGUCAUGUCCGUCUGCAUGGUGGCGUCAGUCGUCUUCCAGGCCAGAUUUCUUUCCCAAGCUUCCAAACUGCACGACUCCUGCCUGGUUGCCUGUGUCAGCUACAUCCUGUCCACCGUAUCUGUGGUGGGGGCCGGAGCUGUGUUCUAUUUGGAGUUUAAUAACGAUGACGUCCUUCACAUCUGCAUGUUUCUGCUGGGAUCUGUAUUGUGUUUCCUUGGAGUGUUUCUCAUGGCCAAAACCAAAAGAAGGAACAAGAUCUUUGAGCCGUAUGUCACCAUGGACAUGACUAAUGGCGUCCCAACGAUUCAUGACACAGGCCAGGCUGUUCAGCCGGACUUUACUGGUUCUUUCUCCUACGGGACCCUUGUCAACAACGAUGGAGUGGCCCCUGCUUCUCUGCCAGUAAACCUGGAGCAGCCUGCAGUCACACAGAUAGCCUCAGAUCCAUCUCCUGGCCACCCGGAGCUAAAGAAAGAUUGAGUCCGUUCAAAUUCACCAUCGAAGGAUCCUGGAUUUUAGAAGAUGUUUUUUUCAUGUAACACCUUAACCAAACUCCUACAGAUGCUUUGUUUUUAUAAAACUGCUUAACCAAAAAAUGAAAUGCAGAAGCUUUUUUUAUUGUUUAAAGACAAAUAAGAGCAGAGAAAAAUGGAGUUUAAGUUUAAAUUUGAGGAUGUGUUUGAUUACACCAACGUCUGCUUCCUCACAUCCUUCCUUCACUGGAAACGUUCUCCUCCAUCCUUACGAAGUAUUCAGUCCUGUAAAUGUACACUGCAGGAAAUGAGAUGAAAAGUUGCUUCAGAAUGGACUCGAUGUGAAAGAACUGCUGUAUUUUGCUGUAUAUUCUAUUACUAAAGUUGCCUACUGUGCUUCCACAUGUGGACGCCGCUUUAGACCAAUUGAAACGUAUCAAUAAUUAACUGGGAGUUGAAAACAAAUAAUCUCACCGCGUUGCCUCUUUAAGUUUUUUUUUUUUUUUUUUUGCAUGUGUAAACUUGACAUCUUUUAUACACUUGAAAACCAAUCAAUUUCUCAAAAAUUAAGCAAUUUUUCCAUUCAGGUAUUACCGGGUAUAAACUGUACAGAUGUCAUUAUGUAAUAAUGUGGAUGAAGAGCUUUUGAGAAGAUUUGCCAAUGGAUACUGCCUCCAAUACGUACUGUUUUACCUGACUCUUCUGCCUCUUGAGCUUAAGAUUUUACUGUAUUACUUCAUUAAGUGACCAAAUGUUUGUUUGAAAUUAUUGUGACAUAUUUAUUUAUUGUGUCCUGAUCUGCCUUUAAUAUGCAACAAAACACUUUUAGAUUUGAGUGAGACUGCAUGACACAAGUAGAGGUUUGUUAAACCGGUCCGGCAGAUCGGUUGUUUAAAGAACAUGAAUCUGUUGGUUUAUGUUUCACUGCAUAAAGUCUCAUAUCUUUUCAGUGUUAAUAAAAGGGCUAAAUGACAAACAAAUUUCCUAUGAAGUGACGCAGUCUCUUUGCAACUUUUGUUUCAAUCUGAAAACCCACUGAGGUCAGCCAUGUUAAUAAAUCUACCUUUUGUGA